AUGGAGACGCCGGGCAGGAUAGCAGCCAGCACGGCGGACACUGCGGACUUCACCGUGGAGAACGUAGAGAAGGCUCUACACCAGCUGUAUUAUGACCCGAACAUUGAGAAUAAGAACCUGGCUCAGAAGUGGCUGAUGCAGGCUCAGAUUUCCCCUCAGGCCUGGCAGUUCUGUUGGGCUCUACUCAGUCCAGACAAGGUUCCAGAGAUCCAGUACUUUGGUGCUAGCGCCCUCCACACCAAGAUCUCUCGCUACUGGGGCGAUAUUCCUGCCGAGCAGUAUGACACUCUGAAGACGCAGCUCUUCUCUCAGAUCGCCCUCUUCGCCUCAGGAUCCAAGAUUGUUCUCACUCGCCUGUGCGUGGCCUUGGCUUCACUGGCUCUCAACAUGAUGCCCGAGGCGUGGCCAAGCGCUGUGUCCGAGAUGGUGCGCAUGUUUCAGGAGGAGGGCGGCGGGGUGGAUGGCCGCGCCCGCUGCCUGGCCCUGCUGGAGCUACUUACCGUGUUGCCCGAGGAGUUCCAGACCAGCCGACUGCCACAGUACCGCAAGGGACAGGUGCGUGGGGCUCUGGGGCGCGAGUGGGCCGCAGUCUACCCACUCCUUCAGCAGCUACUGCGCCAGCCUGACUCACCAGCACUGGUGAAGGCACGCGUGCUAAAGUGCCUGUCUAGUUGGGUGCUGCUGGACGUGCCACUCAGCGAGAGUGAGGGCCUGCUGGAGGCUGGAUUUGCUGCCCUCUCUGACCCUGAGCUUUUUGACACAGCUGUGGAGGCCAUCGUCAAUGCCAUCUCACAGCCCGACUCACAGAGAUACGUGAACACUUUGCUGAAGCUGGUUCCACAGGUACUGCAGCUACAAGAGCAGUUACGAGAAGCAGUACAGAAUGGAGACAUGGAGACAUCACAUGGGAUCUGCCGAAUCGCUGUCUCUCUGGGAGAGAACCAUUCCAGGGCACUACUGGAGCAGGUGGAGCACUGGCAGAGUUUCCUGGCAUUGGUCAAUAUGAUCAUGUUCUGCACAGGCAUCCCUGGCCACUACCCAGUUAAUGAGACGACAAGCUCUCUCACGCUCACUUUCUGGUACACCCUGCAGGAUGACAUCAUGUCAUUUGAAGCAGAGAAGCAGGCUGUGUAUCUCCAGGUCUACAGACCUGUGUAUUUUCAGCUGGUGGAUGUUCUGCUGCAUAAAGCCCAGUUCCCCACUGACGAAGAGUAUGCCUCCUGGUCCUCUGACGAGAAAGAGCAAUUCAGGAUCUACAGGGUGGACAUAUCUGACACACUGAUGUAUGUCUAUGAGAUGCUGGGAGCAGAGCUGCUUAGUAAUCUUUAUGACAAGCUAGGCAGGCUGCUUACCAAUGCAGAGCAACCAACGUCCUGGCAGCACACAGAGGCUCUGCUGUAUGGGUUCCAGUCCAUAGCAGAAACGAUAGAUGUGAACUACUCAGAUGUCAUUCCUGGCCUGAUCGGCCUCAUUCCCCGAAUCAACAUUAACAACGUGCAACUCGCAGACACAGUCAUGUUCACUAUAGGUGCACUGGCAGAAUGGUUAGCAGAUCACCCAGUGAUGUUGAGCAGUGUGUUGCCGUUGGUGCUGCAGGCGUUGGGGAAUCCGGACUUGUCUGUGUCAAGUGUGUCCACCCUAAAGAAAAUCUGCAGAGAAUGCAAAUACGACCUGCCCCCUUAUGCCACGAACAUAGUUGCUGUGUCUCAGGAGGUGCUUAUUAAACAGAUUCACAAGACGAGUCAGUGUAUGUGGCUGAUGCAGGCUUUAGGUUUUCUGUUGUCGGCACUGCCAGUGGAGGACAUUCUGCGCAACCUUCACUCUCUCAUCACGCCCUAUAUCCAGCAGCUGGAGAAACUGGCUGAGGAGACGCCAAAUCCUUCUAACAAACUGGCCAUCAUUCACAUUCUGGGCCUGCUGUCCAACCUCUUCACCACACUCGACAUCACCAAGCAAGAAGAUGAGUCUGGGGAGAGUGCGCCACCUGUCAAAUCAACCCCGCCACAAUCCGGCCCCAACCCUGUGGUAGUGGUGCUGCAGCAGGUCUUUGCCCUCAUUCAGACUGUACUCAGCAAAUGGCUGAAUGACUCACAAGUUGUAGAGGCUGUCUGUGCUAUCUUUGAAAAGUCAGUGAAGACUCUACUCCAUGACUUUGCUCCUAUGGUGUCUCAGCUGAGUGAGAUGCUAGGCCAGAUGUACAGCACUAUACCACAGGCCUCUGCACUGGAUCUGACACGACAGAUGGUGCAUAUAUUUGCCAGUGAGACAGACCACUUUCCUCCAAUCAAAGCCCUGUUUGAGUUAGUCACUUCGGUCACCCUCACCAUCUUCCAGCAAGGGCCCAGGGAUCAUCCUGAUAUUGUUGAUUCAUUUAUGCAACUCCAAGCUCAGGCUCUCAAACGGAAGCCCGAUUUGUUCUUAUCUGAAAAUCUUGAUGUGAAAGCAGUGUUUCACUGUGGAGUUCUGUCGCUCAAAUUCCCAGAGGCCCCUACAGUCAAGUCUACCUGCCUUUUCUUUACUGAGCUGCUGCCACACUGUGCAGACAUCCCUCCUGUGGGACAAGUGGUGCAAGAAGAUGGCAAACUACUACUACUGGCUGUUCUGGAGGCAAUUGGUGGUCAGUCUUCUCGCAGUCUAAUGGAUCAGUUUGCUGAGGUGCUUUUCUCCAUGAAUAAGCACUGCUUUGGCCUGCUUACUGUGUGGCUCAAAGAAGCCCUGCAGUCUCCAGGCUUCCCCUCCUCCCGCGUCUCAGACGAGCAGAAAGAUACCUUCAGCCAGCAAGUCCUCAGGGAACGAGUGAAUAAGCGCCGUGUGAAGGACAUAGUUAAAGAGUUCACUCUAGUGUGCCGGGGGCUGCAUGGUACAGAAUACGCAGCAGAGUACUGAACAGCCCAAGUCCAAAGUGAUCCAAAACUACAAUUCCAAGCAGCCCCCACCGGAAACUCAACACAGACAUGAGCAAUGCUAGAGAGACAGCCUGACAAACAGAUGUUCAGAGCAUGCACUGUAAGGACCUGAGGAGGGCGCUCUGCCUCUUUUUUGAUCUUUCUUCUUCUCUUUCCUUUCCAUUCAGCUUUCACAAGGCUGUUUUGGGCCCUCUGAAAGGUGGCCAGAGCUGCCUGUUUUGAGCAGCGAAAGAUUUCAUAUAAAUCCCCUCUCCUCCCUCUUCUCCCCACCUUCACCCUUGCAGCAUGUGGAUUGUAAACAGUCACCUCCCCUUUUUCACGUUCUCGAUCUUCCGUGGCUCUUAGGCUGUUUUCCUUGUGACAAUUUGCAGAUGUACGAACAAAGUGGUAGUUAAAUGUUUUAUUUUUAAAUUUAGAGAUACUGAAAGCUAAAUGAGUAUAUACACAUAUAUAAAUCUAUAUAUAAACACUUAUAUAUCUAGCAAACCACAGGAGGUGUGAGUCCUUAUAGCUACUGCUACUGACAGAGAGAGGGACCAACGAAGAAUGAUCUUUUUUUUUUCCUAUGUGGCUUUAUAUAUAUAUCUAUAUAAUCUACCUAACUACCCCCACUCACAUUCUGCCAAAACGUUGUGAAUCUUGUCAUGUGUCUUAGAAUUUUUUUUUUUUUUUUUUUUGUGAUGAAUUAUUUUUGAUAUGUGAAAUUAGCAGCACAUAUUGGGCUGGUAAGAACUGAUGUUAAAAACAACACAAUUUUACUCUACAAACAUCUGACGUUGCUGAUCAGACAGUUACAGUCAAGGAAGAAGAUGCAUUUCUCUACUCUGCUUAUGGUGUCCACUGUGGAGAGCUGCUGGGAGCCCAGGAUGGCUGUGAAAAAUGUACCUGUGAAUGUUCCUUGUGUCUUUUUCAGAAUUUGCAUAGUUUCCAGAGCAUCCGUGAAGAAAGAGAAGUGGUCACGUCUGUAACUGUGAGCUGUACACCCAACACUGUAACGACAAGCAGAAAAUGUUUUAUGUUUUAGAAAUGUAAGCGGUCCUUUUGCAUAUGUGUGUGCGCACACCAAUGCGCAUGUGCCUUUGUACACCUGUGUGUGAGGGCUUGUCCUAAUUGCAGCCUCUAUAGACUUUCGAGUGCACUUAUGAGGAACUGAACACAAACCCUUACUACAAAGUCCCCUUGUUUUUGCUGUUCGAGGCCCCUGAAAAGGACGCUGCUGUGGCCAGACCUCUCUCUCUUUCCCUGUCUACUGCCCGGCCGCUGCCUGCAAACAUGUAGCAUGUGUGUUUUAAAAUUUUGGGCGGGGGGAUUCGGGCAUGCAGCAAGUGAAUGUGUUGUGAGCAUUCAGCAGGUGAGGAUUCUCUCCCACCCUGCAUUUGUUUACCGGUGGUGGAUACGUCUAGAGUAAGGGAGGGGAAGAUAGAGGGGGUGACGUGUACAUGACUUUUUUUUUUUUUCUUCUUUUGUACCUUGUUUUAAUUUAUUAAAUAUAUCUAAGAUGGCAUCA